AUGGGGAUGCUGUCAAUUCGAUUAAAGCCCAAUUUUUUGGGUUUAUUAAAGUUUUUAAACAGUAUGAACUGGUUUAUAGUGUUUUUUAGUUUAAUAAAUUUAUCAAUGUGUAUCUAUGAGGAUCAAAUUGGCAAAUUUGACUGGCGUCAAACAUAUGUGGGACGAAUUAAAUUUGCACAUUUCGAUACAGUGACUACUGCUAAAAAAAUAAUAGUAGCCACAGAGGAGAAUGUUUUAGCUGCCCUAAAUCUGAAGACUGGUCAGGUAAUGUGGCGUCAUGUAUUUGAAAGUGCAAGCUCAGGGAAUAUUCAAUUGUUGCAUCUUAGUGAAGGGGAUAAAGUGACUACAGUCACAGGUUCCAAUCCCUAUUUAGUGAGAGGUUGGGACCCAGCCACAGGGGUAUUACAAUGGGAGUGGCCAAUAUCAUUGGUAGACAAUGAAAGGGCGCAUCUAUCUGAGUGGUGGGUGCAGAAUGGCAUGUUGGUGCACUUGUUACCAGCUUUUGGAUCUCACUUGGAAGUUACCAUGUAUAAUCUUAUGACGGGAGCGAAUAGGGGCGCUACAUCUAAGUUACCUGCUGGCUGGAUUAAUGAUGGAUGCGUUCUAACCCCACCAUACUACACUUGUAUAUCAGGAAACAUGGGAGAAUACAUGCUCCUAUCUCUGGACGUUACCUCAAAUGCCGUCCAGAUAAUAAGCAAGCCAUUGUCAAGUUAUUUCCAAGCUAAUGAAGUUAUAGAGGGUAACUUGAGGCCGCUUGAUGGUAAUAGUGCUGUACCAGGCUUCAUUAUUGACGAUAAGAGUGUAGUCGUGAUUAAGAAUAAUGAACUGCAAGCAUUGGGUGUAAGAUUGGCGGAUCAGAUGGCAACAGUAACUGUAAUUGAUGGAGCUUACGGACAGACGUUGAUGCAGUCUUGGAGUGAUGAGAAUAAGGGUUUCUCACUGACAGCACACAAUGCGGCAACAGGGAAAGAAAUACCAGAAAUCAGUAUAACGAACCCCACCCUUCACAUACCGGACCCAGAAAUAUUAGACGUUGUUUGUAUGAACACGGCGCGGGAACUGCCCGCGUGUAGGAUAUUAAUCAACGCUGGUGAUGACGCCAUUCAUUUGGUACAACAAGAAGGUCGCGUGUUGUGGACCAGGGAGGAAGCGUUAGCAAACAUAGUAGCUGCAGAGUUUGUUGAUUUGCCUGUGUCAGACACUGAUGCCGCCCUCGAGUCAGAAUUUGAUCAGAAAGAAGCUGCCAAGGUGUACAGUUCAGUGUGGGCAGCGUUCGUUCGUCGCUUGCAUACCCAGUACCAGCAGUUGCAGACCUUGAUGCAGAACUUGCAGAGUGAGGGCGCCGUGCAAGAAACACCAACGUCAUUAGUCAGGGACUACUUCAACCUGCACAAGAUCAUUGUGCUGCUCACUGAUGUGGGGAAGAUAUAUGGUAUGGACAAUCUUUCGGGUGAGAUUCUCUGGCAACGCUACGAGCCUAGUCUCAACACGCAGUCAGCUGUUAUGUUCACCCGCCGGAGCGCCAGGCAUCAGCCUUACGACGCGUACCUCACUAUUUUGGGAAAACAUGAGGAAACCGGCAAUGGUUACAUAAUCAGCUUGAAUCCGAUUCGCGGAACACUAGUGGGCGAGGGGCGUUUGAGACUGGACGUGCGCCUGCUGCAGUGUGCUCUGCUGCACACUCCCGACGCGGAGCGGCUGCACGCGCUGGUGCUGCUGGACGAGGACGAGGCUGUGCAGGUGUUGCCAGUUUCAGCGACGCCGCUGGUGCGUGACUUGUAUAUGUAUGUAGCUGAAAAAGAAACUGGCCAACUCAGGGGAUACGCGCUUAAGUAUGAUGGACGGCAAGUGGUGGCGCAACGCACGUGGUCCCUCGCGCCCGGCGGCCCCGGCGCGCACAUCGUGGCGCUGGCGGGCAAGAGCCGCAGCGCGCGCGUGCACUCCGCCGGCCGCCCGCUCGCCGACCGCAGCGUGCUCUACAAGUACUCCAACCCCAACCUGCUGCUCGUGCUGCUGGAGAGGCCCCAGGACAUGACGGUGACGGCGGUGGCGCUGGACGCGGCGAGCGGCGCCGUGGCGGCGGCGGCGGCGCACCGGCGCGCGCGCGCGCUGCCGCUCGCCGUGCACGCCGACAACGCGCUCGCCUACCUCUACCGCAGCGACAAGCACCGCCGCGUCGAGAUCGCGACGAUGGAGCUGUACGAGGGCAAGGAGCGGUGGGAGGCGGCGGGCGCGCGGGUGAGCGCGUUCGGGCGCGCGCGGGCGCCGCGCGUGGAGCGGCAGGCCUACAUCCUGCCCGCCGCGCCGCGAGCGCUCGCCUUCACCGCCACCGAGCGCGCGCUCACCGACACGCACCUGCUCUUGGCCCUAACAUCGGGUACCAUAAUGGAGCUCCCGUGGGCCUACGUGGAGCCGCGGCGGCCGCUGGCCGGCGAGCCGCGCGAGGAGGGGCUCAUCCCCUACGCGCCGGAGCUGCCGCUGCCGGCCGAGGCGGCGGUCAACUACAACCAGACCCUGCCGAGGGUCCAAAAUAUAUACACGGCGCCGUCGGGACUCGAGUCCACUAGCUUGGUGCUGGCCACUGGCCUGGAUCUCUUCUACACACGGGUGGCGCCAUCGAAAACGUUCGACCUGCUCAAAGACGACUUCGACUACCACCUCAUAACGAUAGUGCUGGCGGCUCUCGUAGUGGCCACCUACAGCACCAAGUUCUUCGCGUCGCGGAAGAUGCUGAAGAUGGCGUGGAAGUGAUGCGGUGUGUGCGGGGGGAUUUGAACUGUAUCGCUUCACAUUUAGAGGUCAUAUUUGAACGUCUAUAUUGGUCACUUAUGAUUUUGUUGUAUUUUCAAGGAUUACGUCCUAUUCCGUUCUGACUUCUCUCUCUCUCUCUUCUGACGCUUUAUAAAGUUCUGGUGGUUUUUUACCUGUGACGUCACAAAUUCUUCUCUAUAAUCUUGCAAUGAAACGGUGUACCUGCGAUGUAUGGUAGAUAUCAAAUAUUUUACAUUUAUCUAGUGCUUAGUCGUAGAGAGAUAAUCGUAAUUUUUAUAUAUGAUUGCCAGUUUUAAAUAUUUUAACGACUAUAGUUAACGUAAUAUUAUACCAGAGCGUAUUUUGCUUGUCGCAAUAGUACGGACGAACGGUUUUUAUAAAGAGUAGAAUAAUAUUUUAUCUAUAUUAUAAAUUAUGUCAUAAGAAAUCAACAAUGAUUUAAGCAAUAAUUUCCAAUAUUAAAAAACGCCUUAAGCGGGCGGUAACAACAGGCGUUCUGCUUGACGAUCACAAAAUUCGUAAAAAAACAUCUUACCCUUAAAUAAAACCUCUUCUAUUUGGUGCAUAUUAUAGUAUAAAACAAUAUACAUUAUCAAGCAGAAUGCAUAACAUCCUCCACUGCCAAUCUUUACAGUUCAAAUUCCUCUCUAGAUAAUUUAUAGAUUUGUGAAUUGUGAAUGUGUGCGUGUUUAUAUAUUAUAUAAGUUAUAUUUAAUUGUGGGCGAAGUGUGUCAAAGUGAGAGUUUUAGUGUUAGGGCGGAGAGUUACAUAUUUGCAAUAUUAACAUACACUAGCGGUAUUCUUACUAAAUUUUUUCCUAGUUAUUAUAUGGUUCUAUGUGUAUAUCUGUUAUUUUGUUUGUAGUGUGGGGUAGUUUUUUGUUCUUUUUUUUUUUUUUUGGCUUGUCUCUUAAGUCAUGAUAUUUAAGACAAAUCUCUUCAGGAUUUUAAAUACAUUUAUUUGAAAUUAUAACGUUGAAAAAAUGUUUUCGAGGAAUGAAACAAACAAAAUGUUUGGGUUCUUUAUUAAUUUAUGUAAUCGGAGUGUUUGAACGAUUAGUUUUAUUAUAAAAGAGUAAGGAGAGAACGAAGUCGGUCUCAGAUUGUACCAAAUAUAAUCUCAUUUUGGCACAGUUCGCUUCGGAGCGUCCAUGUUUUGUCGGUCUUUUAUCUCUACUUGAUGUGCAGCAACGUUUAAUUGAAUAUAUAAUAUAUUUAUAUACUAUUAGACGCUCGUCCCGGCUCUGCCCGAAUAUCAAGACCCCAAGGGAGCAUUUGAUCGGUAUAAAAAGUAUCCUAUCACCCAAGUCAGCGCAUAUCCAGUCUGUAUACGAAAUUUCAUCAAUAUCCGUUCAGAAGUUAUAGCGUGAUUGAAGGACAAACAUCCAAGCAAACAAACUUUCACAUUUAUGAUAUUAGUGUGAUAGCGUGAGUUUAAAGGCCGAGUGAUCUAAUAACCCUAAACAAGCAAUUGGCUAAAAUAAAAUCGGGUUAAAUACAUCUUGUUUCAUUUACAUCAUGUAGCAACUACGCUUUACCUGUCGUGUUCCCGACAAAGCAAUAGAUAAACUUUUAUAACAGAAAAGCUUCUACCAAUACUAUAAUGUACUAGUGUAUUUUCUUAAAUACAUAAGAUAUAAGACCGAAAUGUGGAUGUUAUAAAUGUUCGUGGUGAACAUGUAAUAUGUACUGUAAAGGCAGUAUAUUAAGUUCCAAUAGACAAAUAUACGAAAUGAAUUUUAAAAAAGUAAGGUGUAAAUCAAAUAUACGCAUAUAGAAAUUCAAACUUGCACUCAUCAAUAUCAGAAUAGUUAUGUGAUGGAUGCUAUAAUAUAAAGAUUUUAAUAUACCUUUAUUAUUACUAUUAUAGUUAGUGCAAUUUAUGCUGCGUCCACACGGAUCCAAUCCAUGUUUACUAAACUAACUAAUAAAAUAUGGAUUAUUCACAAAAUAUCGAGUCUUUUGAAUAAGAACGUAGUGUGGACGCAGCAUUAGAAAUAAAUAUAUUUAAAGGUGGUUCGUAUUUUGUAUUUAUUGAUGAAACCAUUCCAAAAACAGUUUAUUUAUUUAUUUUUGAUCGAUUAACGUGCAUUAUUUUUAAACUUUUUUGUUGUGAAUAGUAAGAAUUUACUCCUGUAAAUGGAGCACUAAUUCCUAUCAUUUAUGCUUUAAGACCUUACAUCGAAUACAAUAUAAUGUAUAUUUGCGUUGUUUGUUUACUUUAUUAUUUUAAAUAAAUUACUUUCAAGUAAAGAAUCUUACGUUUUCUAGGAAAUAUUUAUUGAGAACAAUAUCGAUUUAAGUUUCAAAUGGUUUACUAUUUGCAAAAGGAAAUAAAUUAUUUGUAUUUGUAUGUAUUUAAAUAAAUAUUGUUUUAAUAAACAGAAUUUUUGGGUGUUUCGGUUUGUCCCGGUGGUAGACUUUUGUUUUAAUUUAUGUAUACAUGGUUAAGGUAAUUUACAUUAAAAUAAAAUAUAAGAACAAUAUAAUAAUCUAUGACACCAAUUAAGUGCUAGUGUUUCCAGUAAUAAAAUGCAUUUUUCGUUGCCAUUUAUUAAGCCAAUUGUCCAAUUUCAAUGAUACCUAAUUGACUAAAUUAAGAAAAAAAAUCGGAAAUAGAUACAUCGUCACCCUAUAAAUUCUUGUGAAGUAUUUAUCUCUUAACUAACGGACUCAUAAUACAUAUAAAUUACAAGAUUUAUUGGAAAACAGGACCUAAAGUUAAGGUAACUUGAGGUUAAUGUGCUAAACAAUAAGGCAUUUUUUAAAUUGGACAAAUCGUAAGCAUAUAAAAUUUUGUACGAAGCCAUCUCUACACAACAGACUGUAAUGUAAAGUAAUAUUGAGCCUUAUAAAUGUACAAGUGUAUUGUAUAUUACUGAAGCUAUAUGAAGAAAUAAUAGACGUUUUUAAAGAAAUAAACCCAAAUUAGUAGUUGCUCAUUCAAGGUUUGUUAUUUAGCAGUAAGGUUUACAGUAUUAUGGGCUGUACGUUUUUUUUAUCAAAUAUGUAUGAAAUUUUACAAUCGGUUGCUUUUCACGAUUUCACUGUUAUUACUAGGAAUACUUAUAAGUAUUAGGCGAGUGUCCAGGUAUCAAGUAAAUGAUUGUAUCGAGAUAUUUUUUACGAAAUAGUGACUGGUUGUUUGAAUUUGGAGUUUCUAGUACUUCUAAAGGAUUUUGCUUUGAAUGUGCUUGAAUUAAGGUUCUAUGUUUAAGACAAAUUUUCUAAGGAUACCUCCCUCGUAAAAUCCGUACCAUAUCGUUACUGGACACCUGAGUAAAUGUUGUUUUAUGGUUCGUGUGUUUUAGCGUUAAAACGGUAUUUAUACACUUAACUUCGCUUAAAUCCUUUGUGUUUGGAACAUUACCUGUAAAAUAAAAAUAAUGAUAACGUUUUUUUUCCUUCAUGGAAAAUGGUACGGACCCCAACAAAUACACAUAAUUGCUUAUUUCUAUGUUUAUUACAUUCAAUAUUGUUAGACUGGAACUGCAUCAAUCUAUAAUCUUGUUGCAAAAUAUAUAGCAGAUAAAUAUACGUUUGUUUUCAGUGACAUUGUUUUUAUAAAAUAAAUUUGAAUUACCUACUGCC